CAGAGGAGGUGAGUGUGAGUGUGUGAGAGUCACCCUUUGGUUGCUUCUUCAAAAGAUCUGGUGGUUUGAAACAAGCAGACAGUCUCUUAAGUCCUUCCAAGUUUUCCAGAAAUCCUAAAGCCUUUUAUUUGAGUCACAAUGGGAGCGUUUAUCGCCAAGAUGUUGCUGCCCACCAUCAGCAGUUUGGUGUUCCUGCCUGCAGCCAGUGUUGCCGCCAAGAGGGGUUUCCACAUGGAGGCCAUGGUCUAUUUCUUCACAAUGUUCUUCACAGCGAUUUACCAUGCAUGUGAUGGUCCAGGCUUGUCUAUCCUCUGUAUCAUGAAGUAUGAGAUCCUGGAGUACUUCAGCGUGUACGGUACAGCCAUCUCCAUGUGGGUCACGCUACUAGCGCUGGGAGAUUUCGAUGAACCCAAGCGCUCUUCGCUCACCAUGUUUGGGGUGUUGACAUCAGCAGUGAGAAUCUACCAGGACCGCUUAGGCUACGGCAUCUACUCCGGCCCCAUUGGAACAGCUGUCUUCAUGAUAACAGUCAAAUGGUUACAAAAAAUGAAGGAAAAGAAAGGCCUUUAUCCAGACAAAAGUGUUUACACUCAACAAGUGGGGCCAGGGUUCUGCUUCGGCGCUCUCGCUUUGAUGCUUCGCUUUUAUUUUGAGGAGUGGGACUACGCUUAUGUCCACAGUUUCUACCAUGUGUCACUGGCUGUGUCCUUCAUUCUGCUGCUGCCCAAGAAGAACCGCUAUGCCGGGACGGGACGCAACGCAGCCAAACUUAACUGCUACACCCUCUGCUGCUGUACUUCACAACCUCAGAUGAAGGAAAAAGCACGGACUAUCUGGACUACUCCUCAAAAACCCUGGAUGCGGACCUGUGGUCCUGGCCUGCCAUUACACAAAUCCCAGCCACGCACCAUGUAAUGCAAGAAACUGUGUCUGUUAACGGCACCCUGAAAGUGAGGACAGUUAUACGACCUCCCAGCAGGCCAAGUAUGCCUUGGACAACUUAUUUGUAGGGAAUAGCAUGAUGCUCGAUUGACGAUUGAAAAUCACUGAAAAGGUACUGAAACAUGCGUUUAAAGACUCGUGGUAAAAUAAGGAUUGCGAGAGCGAAGAAUCUGCGUAACAAGAAGAGUUCAUCUGAAUUGAAAAGCGCAAGACCAAGACUGGUUUUGACUCCUCAAAUCCAGCUGGAAAGUUUAUGAGUCACAAAAUACAGCAGACGCAUUAUCUAUCCAAAAUGAAUAAACUGUCUUUCAAAGGUUCCUCAGUAGGGACCACUUGUCUAUGUCCGUUUAAGAGACUGUAAAAGCGGCCAUUUAAUUCUUUAUGUCCAUCUGUUUGUGCCAGACAGGUCAGACAUCAUCUGGGUACAACUAAACUCUACACUAGAAGCAAACAAUUGAGGGAGGUCAAAUUUUUAAGUGAAACGAGAGGUUUUAAUGUAAAUAUAUU